AAUACAUACAUAUUAUUUUUUUUCACCUUUUCUACCUCUUCUUCUACCUCUCUAUUUUCUUAAUUAUUUCUGCUCUAUAUAUAUAUAUAUAUAUAUCUGCUUGGACAAAUAUACAUACCCCAAUCACAUACAAAAAUUCAUACAGCAAUUUUUGUUCUAUACCUUUUUGUUUCAUUAUCUUCAAUACAAACAAAUACAACAUUCACACACAUACAUAUACAUAUACACAUACAUAUAAAAUGAGCCAACAUUCUCGUCCUCAGCGUCCUGCUCUCAAUCGAUCCCAAAGCUCGCUCACCCUCUUGCCCUUCACAAACCGGGUGGGUGGACACAUGUCUAUGUUCAGACUAGCCGCCAAUGGGGCUAUAUGCAAGGCAGUGACGGCAACAAAAGAGCGUGCGUUCUAUGAAGAGCUAUUUAAACACCAUCCCCAACUCCUUUCAUUUGUACCACUCUACAUGGGAGUAAUUCGGAUCUCAUUUGAUCAACUCAAGCCUCAAAUUGCCUGGCAGGACCGGCAACGUUUACGGCACUACUCUCUCAACAACCGACGAAACAACUCUUUUAAUAAUAACAGCAACAAUAUCAAUGGCAAUAAUGGCUGGCGCACACUACGAUCAAAUCGUAGUCAGGAGGACACACCAGAUUCUGAAGAUUACCCAGAGUUUGAUGAGCAAGAAUAUAACUACGACGAGGAGAGUAGCAUGAGUAGUGCAAGUAGCUGCGGUAUGAGCAACAUCAGCAUCACCAACAAUAACAACAAUAACAACAAUUCAACCGCGGACAUAAAGUCUACAAUCGGCAGAGGAGCAGAAGCUGAAUUAACAAACGAGUUUAUUGUGUUGGAAGAUCUGACGCUUGGACUACGUAAACCCUGUGUCCUAGACCUUAAAAUGGGCACACGCCAACAUGGGAUCCACGCCUCAGCUGCCAAAAAAGCAAGCCAGACAGCCAAAUGUCAAAUGUCAACCAGUCAACAGCUUGGUGUACGUCUUUGUGGUAUGCAGGUUUAUCAUCCUAGAGAACAUGUUUACAAACUGCAAGACAAAUACGUCGGUCGUAGUCUGACACCUCAGUCAUUCUAUGACACUCUGGUUGGGUUCUGUAGUGAUGGGGAUCAAGUAUUGGCACACCUGAUCCCUGAUCUUGUGGAGAAGUUACGUCGAUUGUCUGAAUUGAUAGCAUCUCUGCCUGGUUAUCGAUUUUACGGUUCAAGCCUAUUGAUUCUAUACGACGGUGAUAACGAGAUAAAAGGCAACACCAGCCCUGACACUGUCACUGUCACUGGUCAUACUACUACCACCACUGCCGCUGCUGCCACAACUACAAAAAAGGCUUGUGUUGAUGUACGAAUAAUCGAUUUCGCACAUUGUGUCACUCAACGUGAAAUGCAAGAUAACCCGUCUUUUGUAAUCUGUCCGCCUCAACAUCCCGAUGAACCCGAUCUUGGAUAUCUACUUGGUUUGAGCACCCUGAUUCGUUCCUUUGAACGCAUCUAUCGUGAGGCAAUUUCACCUUAAAUUGCCAAUUUUAUUUUUUACACACUAUUCUACUCACAACUCACAUCUAUAUACACAAAUUGUAUAUUGUAUAUUAUAAUUUUCUGUUAUUAUUUUUAUUUAAUAUUUAUAUAGCACAUCACACUUCACUAACUCCAUCCCACUUAUACACUCGCAAUCACAAUCACUCACUUUGCUCUUUAAAAUUUAGAUAAAAUUUUAUAUUCUUUAUUGUCAUUAUUGUUAAGUUCUUUCUUUGUUCUAAUCACCUUUGUUCUUUUAUAUAUUUAUUAUCUAUUUUAUCAUUUAUAUACAUUUAUACACAAAUAAAGCAAGAUUUACAU